AUGGCAACUCACUCUCAAAAUAUCCUCCUCCUUCCCUUGCUAGUGGUCAUCCUUCUAGUCCUCCCCAACGGCGGUGCAGCGGCCUCACGCAAACCAGCGUUCCUGGGCAGCUACGAGCCUAUCGAGAACCCCCAGGAUGCCCACAUCCAGGCUCUCGCCAAGUUCGCCGUUAGGCGGCACAAUAAAGACUCUGGUGAGACGCUGGUCUUGACUCGCGUCCUUGGUGGGCAGCAACAGGUCGUGAAGGGAAUGAACUACCGACUGGUGAUUGGCGCCGAGGGGUACAGUGGUGCGGAAGACCUCUAUUUGGCCGUUGUGUACGAGAUGGGUUGGAAAAACUACCGGGAGCUCACGGCCUUCGGCCUCAUCGCGUAG